CCGUAUGUGUUCCGUUGGACUACAUGUACCACAAGCCAAAGGACAGAACACUUUCUCUUCCUGUUUUCCUUGUACGUAAUGGGGUUGUAGCUAAGCGGAUAGAGUCUCCGUGUCGCUAGGCUAUUUUUGUGUUCAGUACCAACAUACAAUUGAGGUUUGGCGAGAAGACUGGUACUGACACCAUGCCUGAAGUAAAGUCAAUGUUCAGAGAAGUGCUUCCCAAACAAGGGCAGCUGUCGAUGGAGGACGUGCCCACAAUGGUGCUUUGUAAGCCGAAGCUGCUGCCUCUGAAAUCAGUCACCUUGGAGAAACUAGAGAAGAUGCAGCAGGAGGCACAAGAAGCAAUUCGGCUGCAGGAACUGGCCCAGAAGGACAGGCCAGAGUCACUGUAGGGCCACCAAUCCAAUGACUGCAUCUGCCUGACCAGGGUGUACACCUGCCCAAUAACAACCUAAUAUCUUAACAUAUCACAGUAGCUGGUCCACUUUGUCUACUAAAGGUGGCCAUCAGGUUGAGUGUAUAGCAGUAGCUGGUAGUCUUUAAUAUAUCUGUUAAGUCCCUUGUAUAAUAUUUGUACGAUGUUUUAGGCAUACUUGCGUAAUGCUGUUAACGCCAAUUCCUUUUACAAGUACUGGCUGAUAAAAUUAACAACGGUUUUGCUACCACAUAUCAAUGUAGAAUGGUAUACAAUGCUUAUCACCUUGUUAAAGAGGUAUAUUUCUCCUAAGUUUUUUGGGAUAUGUAUUUCAGAGAUGAAAGUGUUUUUCUUUAUUUUAAAUAACCUCAUUUACCACUAAACUUUAUUUUGUCAUAUAAUUAUGUACAGGAUUGGGAAAUAGUUCUGCUGAGAGCAGGGUUGAGUAGGUCUAAUGAAUUGGUUGUCACUUAAUGGCCCCAGUACAGCGGCCAACAAUAAAUUAUUUAAUGUAUGCUUCAAAUGGAAAUUAUAGUGUUUGGUAUGAUUAUGGAAACUUUUUUUUUUUUAAGAUAAAAUGUUUUACACAUUCUGGGUAUGUCCAUGCAUUAUCUGUACAACAGAUUUUAAAAUUCAAAUGCAUUUGAAAAUAAUGACAAAGACAAGGGUUUUGUUGCAGUUUAUUUCAUGUUUUGAACAUAAACAGCGACCAAGACUGGGUACAUUUCACUCACCAGUGUUAAAAUAUAAAAAUAAACAUUCUGGACACCAUUUUGUGAAACUGA